AUGAGCGUUCUCUUUAGUAAACGUCGACGGGCGCUCCCUACAGUGUCAUUUGACUCGGAUUCGAAUGAAAGUACCAGCGCUGAACAAACGUCUAUAAAUGACAAAGUGCUGGUGGCAAAUGCCGACUCGUCGUUUCACGUGCUCAUCUCGUUCCUGAACCUUGGCGUGGAUCCAUGGCUAGUCAAGCGUUGCGAGUUGCUGGGUAUUCGUCAUCCUACACCAGUGCAGGUGCAUUGUAUCCCUCCAAUCCUGUCUGGACGUGACGUUAUUGGUUGUGCCCAAACUGGUAGCGGUAAGACGGCGGCCUUUGCACUACCGAUCCUGCACACGCUGAGCAAAGAUCCGUAUGGUCCUUAUGCGCUUGUAUUGACGCCGACUCGAGAGCUGGCGUUUCAGAUUGCAGAUCAGUUCAAUGCCUUUGGCAGCUCAAUGGCGGUGCGCUGUGCCGUGAUUGUUGGCGGUGUGGACAUGCUCAAGCAAUCGCUGGUGCUGCAGCAGCGUCCGCACAUUAUUGUGGCCACGCCUGGACGAUUCCGGGAUCACUUGAUGCGUACAGAGCCGCCUAAUGUUUCUUUGGUCAAGUACUUGGUUCUAGACGAGGCUGACAGGCUACUAGACGUGACGUUUGCCAAGGAUCUAAGCUUUAUUUUCGACAAGCUGCCGGCCAAGCGACAAACAUUGCUGUUUUCUGCCACGAUGACAGCAAAUUUGGACAGAUUGGAGCAGACGGCGCUAUCAAAUAAUGCAUUCCGCUUCGAUGCGACACCCAGCGUCAAGACGGUGGCAACUCUUCAACAAUUUUAUUUAAUCAUCCCGGCGCAGGUUAAGAUGACCUACCUCAUGUAUCUGAUGAAGAUACUUGACCUGAACGAGGAAAAUGAGGAAAAGAAUCAGGAAUCUCGCCAGUCGUUCGAGGGUAAUGUUCGCAAGAAAAAACACGACCAGGAUUGGGGGAAGUUGCUAGAGACCGCAACAUCCUCAUCGAAGCGUCGGCUUAGGUCCAUGAUGAUCUUUGUGUCCACGUGCAAGAUGUGCGAACUGGUAGGAGAAAUUGGCAACGAACUGGGCACCAAAUGCGUGACGCUGCACUCGAUGAUGUCACAGAAUCGGCGUUUGGCAGCGCUGGGCAAGUUUAAAAGUGGCCUUAGUCACAUCCUCAUCAGCACUGAUGUCGCGAGUCGUGGUUUGGAUAUCCCCGAGGUCGACAUCGUGAUAAACUUUGACUUGCCGCGCGACGCCGAUGACUAUAUUCACCGAGUGGGCCGUACUGCCCGUGCCGGACGCAAUGGUCAGGCCAUUUCUCUGGUGACACAGCACGAUAUUGAGCUAUUACAAAAUAUCGAAGCAAAGGUUGGUAAGAAGAUGGAUGACUAUGAGUCAGAAACACCCGAGAAAAAGGUGCUCAAACUGCUGAAUGACGUGACUACCGCCUCGCGUAUUGCCAAAAUGAAGCUGACUGAGCGCGGAUUCGAUGACAAGGUAUACGCUCGCAAGAGGAAGCGCCAGGAGCAGCUAAAACGUAGCAACAAGAAGCACAAGAAGCAGGUAGACAAGCCAUCGAGAGAUAGUGAGUGA